GUUGGAAGGAAUUUUAAAUUUAGUAGCUGCAAACUUUGUUUUUAUUUGUUUGUUUACAAUUUGUUGCGAUUCGCAAUUUAUAAGACGAAUCGCAGUUGUGACUUAAGAAAAAAUUUUCAAGAAUUUUUAUUAAGAAUUUGUGAUUUUAGCCUCUGAAAUAAGACUUGAAACUCUCAUCUACCUGUUUUGGAAUUUUAUUGAUGACGAAACAUUGAUUAGAAGUGAAAUUUGGUGGUAAUAAAAUCAACAAGACAGUGAAACGAAGCUUUGCUUCGAAAAAAAUUAAAUGGAUUAUUCUAAUGUCUUACAAUUCAUUCAACGAUCGUUUGUUAAGCUGUGAAGAUGACGAGUUUGUUUUAAAAGUCGAUACAGAUAUUAGAGGUUACAUAGAGAAUCAUCCCAAAAAUAGUGUCUUGCUGUUCCCACCAGUUAAUAGUUAUCGUCGCUUCUUAAUCCAUAAAGUGUGCGAGUCAAUCACUGCUAAUCAAUCACAAGCAUUAUCAACAUUUUCUAUUGGCGUUGGCGUACAACGAAGGACUGUUAUUUGCCACCGUUAUCAGUUAAUUGUUGAUCUGAAAAACAUUUCAUUAAAGAGAACAGAGGAAACAGAAUUCACUUGGCGUUACGUCAACCGCAACUCGGUGCCAAAGUCCACGAAUUGUUUGGGUAUACAAACAUCCAUGGGAGUAGAGAACGCUCAAGUUGCUGAUGCUCCACAUUCACAAACAACCGUAACAGAUAUUGAAUUGGAUCAAAGUGUAUUGAACGGUAAUUCUUCAUCAGAUGAUCCGUUAAAUCUGAGUGCAAAAAAAAAUUUAUCCUCACGAACCCGACGACCUGAUCGUGCUGUUUAUGUGCCUCGUGCAAAGCGCAGUCAGACAACUCCGCCCGCAUCAACAAGUAAUCAAAUCUCUUCAACGAAAUCUCAUCUAACAAGAAAGUCAGAUAAAUCGAAAUCAAAAUCAGUUGAUGAAAAUCAUAUUGAAAAUCCUUGCAAUUCAUAUUCAAACUGUGCUGUGACGUGUGAAAAUUUUACCUCGAACACAAUAUCGAAUGGUGAUAUCAUCAAUCAGAACGAUUUUGAUCAAAAUAUAAUUACUGACAGUGAAAAAAAUCAAAAGAAUUUAAAUAAUUUCUGUACGAUGAGCGAACAAGCGACAAAAGAACUUAUUAUUGAAACUGCUGCUGAAAUGGACCCAGGAACAACUGAUAAAGUUGACAAAGACGAAAAGGAGUUAAUAAAAGCAUCGCAAGAAAUCAACAGAAGUAAUCGAAAACUUAUUAAACAAACAUUCAAUUCCAAUGUGUUGGAAAUUGAAGCAUGCGGUGGUGAAGUUGAAACAAAAACUCAUGAAAAGGCUGUGAAUAAAGAUGAGGAUGACUGGGACACAUUAUUUGAUGACAACGGUGAUUGUCUUGAUCCAAAAAUGCUUGAAGAACUUACCACUGCUGUUGGAAAAGUGAACAUUGAGAAGCCAAAGUCAAAUUAUAAAAUAUACCAAGCAAAUGUGGAUCUCCUGAGCUUAGAAGAAUUUCCGCAUGUUCUUGAGUGUUCAAAUUUUCCAGCCGAAUUUCGUACCCAAGAUUUAAUGCUUUUGUUCUCACAGUACAAAGAAUCGGGUUUCGAUAUCAAAUGGGUCGAUGAUACACAUUGCCUUGUGAUAUUUAGCAGUUCAAAAAUUGCUGCCGAUGUUCUUACGACAAGUCACUCAUUUGUUAAAUUAAAACCAUUAAAUCAAGCUACGGUAGAGUCGCGUUCAAAAGCCAAAAAAUGCGCACAUUCACUUCAACCAUAUAAACAGAGACCCGAGACUUGUGCAGCUCUUGCUAAACGACUAGUCAGCGGGGCUCUAGGUGUUCGAGUCAAAGCGACAUCCGAAGAACGAGAAAACGAAAGAAGAGUUUUACGAGAAGCUAAAGACUGGUUAACAGUCGUGUCGGUCUUUUGUGUUAAAUUAACAAAAUGUUUCAAUGUUGAAGUUUUGAAUAAUUUGUCAAAUAAAAUGAAUAAUUUUGGAGUUUUCUGUUUGUUUAUUGCCUUGCCAUUAAUUGCUUGUGGCGUAGACGCUAAGCCAAAUGAUAAGCAUAUGGAAAUGGCUAAAGCAUUGUUGACAGAAUGCAAAGCUACAGAAGGCGGUUCAGACAGCGACUUGGAGAAAUUAAUCUCUGACUCAGAUCCAGGCACCAGAUCAGGUCAUUGCAUGGUUGCUUGUGCUAAUGAGAAAAUUGGAUUGAUUAAGGAUGGAAAACUUAAUAAAAAUGGAUUCUUGGAAGCAGCAAAGAUUGUAACCAGUGAAGCAAAUCAUGUAGCGAAAGGAGCAGAAAUCUUCUCUGAAUGCGAACAGACUCUUAAUUCUAUUACAGAUCGUUGUGAUUUGGCUGUGGCCUUUGAGAAAUGCUUUCACGAUGGAGCAAAGGCUCGCAAUCUCGAGGAUUUUCUCCAUUAAUAUGUAAUUUUUUUAUUUUUUUUACUUUAAUUUAAAAUGUUUUAAUAAAUAUAUUUGGUGUUUGGUAUCGCA